CCGCGGUCGGUAGAUUCGAUGGAGUGGGGAUCCCAGUCCUGAAUCAAGCUCAGUCUCCAAUCCUCGUGAGAGCUGGUGACUGUGUCCGCUGUGUUCGUUCUUUCUUUUCUCCGCUCAACUAGUCUUCCAAAAGUUGGUGUCGAUCUUUUCCUGUGAGUUUUCUGAGAGCAUAAGUGCCGAGUUCAAGGACCCCGGGUCUGAGAGUAUCUUCGAGCUGUCGAUAAAUAAUUUCUUUCGAGGGCAUGAUAUCAUUUUUAAAAGAGAUAGUGGGUGUGCUUCAUGGGGAGGCUUGGAGGAGGGAGUGAAGUGAUUCGGAUGUUGGGGAGUUGGAGAAUUGAGGAGUCAUCAGCCGUCGCCAGGAGCAGCGGUGGGUGGACUAGGGGAUGGGAGACGAUGCGGCGACCGUCGAGUCUGGCGAGCAGAAGACUGUCCCUCCUUACGUACGAGGCUUAAGAUUGAGUGGCUCUGCACAGUCGCUCGUCCUGGCCAGCAGACGAGGAAGUAUCGUCGUAUCACCAACAAAUGGGGAAGUCACCCUUGGUCUCAAACCACAACCUCCACUACCCCGGGAGCAAAGAGUAGCAAACGGCAAGCCACUUCAUGUGCAGUUCACUAGGAGUGAUAACGAUGGAAAGGACAGUCUGUCCAGAUCCUCAGCUUUGCCUUCCUCAUCGAGCACUUCAUCAGAAUCGUCUCUGGGGGGUUUUUCAGAAGCCAGGGCCCCAGAUGGAGGCUGGGGUUGGGUUGUCGUUGCUGCCUCUUUUUUUGUCAACCUAAUCGCAGAUGGGAUCACCUUUAGUUUUGGAGUAAUAUUCGUAGAAUUUCUUAGGUAUUUCGAGGAAGGUAAAAGUAAGACUGCAUGGAUCGGAUCACUUUUUAUGGCGAUACCCCUCCUCUCAGGGCCAAUUGCCUCUUUUCUCACUGACAGGUAUGGGUGUAGAAAAUGCUGUGUAGCCGGAGGGCUCUUGGCAGCAACUGGUUUUGUAAUAUCAGCUUUUUCAAAUUCAAUAGAACUCCUUUUCUUUACAUUUGGAGUAUUAGCCGGUUUUGGUCUUUCUCUUUGCUAUGUAGCUGCAGUCGUUAUAGUUGCUUAUUAUUUCGAUGCAAGACGUUCAUUCGCAACAGGACUUUCAGUUUGUGGCAGUGGGAUAGGCACGUUCAUAUUUGCCCCCGUUACUCAGGCUUUGCUGUCAGAGUACGGUUGGCAGGGGACGACACUCAUCCUCGCUGGGCUUUUUCUAAAACUCUGCGUCUGUGGAAUGCUCAUGCGAGACCUUGAAUGGACCAAGGCAAAACGAAGAGAUCUGAGAGAAAAAAAGAAGAAAGAAAGACUGAAGAAGGAAACAAAAACAGCACCUGCCUCGAGUGUAGAAACCUAUUCCGCCACCGGAAGCAUGCAACCACACACACCCACUUCUUGUCCAAGUGUGGAUGAGUUAAAAAGACUUCUGCAAAAGCCAAAUUACACUGUUGAGGCAUCAGAAUCCAUUCUCAUAGAACAUGACACUGAAGCAGCAAACCGUUUAUGUUCGUCAUUAGUCAAUUUACCGACAUUUGUAAGGAAUGGUGAGAAAGUACCACUAGAAGUCUUAGAAAUGCUCACUGCACAUAAGCACCUCUAUCAUGUUCUCCUUCAUAACUACCCAAGCCUUUUGAUAUCCUCUAGGAGUCUCUCUGAUUCUGCAAGGUUGCAUGAAAUUUGCCAGAACGGUAAAACUUUGGAAGUAUAUGGCGGCAAAGAAAGACAGCUUUCUGCUAAAUUCCUUCAGCAGACACCAGAAACAAUGGUGACCAGUCCUUGUAUAGAGCAAUGGUGGAUUAAACCUCCGCCUAAUACAAAUAGAAGUCUUCCUACUGCUUCUUAUCUAAAAGAUCUCAGAGUUCACAGACACUCACUCACUUAUAGAGGAGCCAUGUUAAACAUUAACAGAUACAGGCUGAGGGCUUCCUCUUGCCCUGACAUAUAUAGAAAUUCGAUGACUACAAUUGCUAAAGAAAAAGUUGAGUGGUACUCAGGAUUAUCUGAUCUUUGUUACCUCUUGGCCGAUAUGUUGGAUCUCUCUUUUUUCACAAAUAUCAGAUUUUUAUGUUUUGCGAUAUCUAAUUUCUUACUUUAUACAUGGUAUGAUGUACCUUAUGUUUACCUUGCCCACAAUGCACAAGAAAGGGGUUAUUCUGAGACAGAUGCUUCAAUGCUAAUAAGUGUCAUUGGAAUACUUAACAUGAUUGGCGAGAUUGUCCUCGGUUGGGCUGGAGAUAAAGAAUGGGUAGAUCCAAACAUGGUAUAUGCGGGCUGUAUGUUCCUCUGUGGUGGCGUUGUGGCUCUUGUGCCACUUGUUGAAGACUAUGAAUCUCUCUGCAUCCUCUCAGGGGCUUUUGGAUUAUUUAUUGCAGCUAAUUAUGCGUUAACAUCAAUUAUAUUGGUGGAAUUGAUUACUCUUGAAAGAUUUACUAAUGCUUAUGGUCUUCUUCUGUUGGUGCAAGGUGUCGCAAAUCUUAUCGGUCCACCACUUGCAGGCUGGCUGUAUGACAUUACUGGAGAAUACACCCUUUCUUUUUACUUGGCAGGAGCAUUUAUAUUUUUAUCUGGUUUACUGCUUUUAAUUCAUCCUUGCUUUGAAAGUACAACAGAAGAAAAAGUGAAGAAAGGAAGUCCAAGCAAACUUUCCAAUAAUAUAUAAACUCUCGUCUCUCACAUUGAGGGGAUAUAAAUUGCUGUUUUCUUUUUUCUUUUUUUUUACUUUGUUUCUUCUUUCUAUAAUGUUUCGAGUGAAUUGCUCAAUUGUGAAAAAAUAUCCUCAAUGUAAUUUAUCUUUGUUGUUAAUUAAACCUCCAUAUGUUUAAAAACCCAAAACUGAAGUCAAA